UCUCUCCUCUCUCUCUCUCUCACACACACACAGUCGCACACGCACACAAUUCAAUCACACAUUAUCCAUCCUCGUAAGUCUGGAGGCGGAGAGCUGACUGCUAAGGAAGAAGGAUCUUUAUUAGAGAGAGAGAGAGAGAGAGAGAGAGAGAGAGAGAGUUUGUGAUUUCGAGGCAAAAGCUCCGGCACUCCCCCCGGAUCAAAGAAAAGAUGAGCACACUAGAUGCAACCCGAGCAGAGCUUGCUCUUGUGGUUCUGUAUUUGAACAAAGCUGAAGCCAGGGACAAGAUAUGCAGGGCAAUACAAUAUGGUUCAAAAUACUUGAGUAAUGGAGAGCCAGGAACAGCCCAAAAUGUUGAUAAAUCAACUAGCUUGGCAAGGAAAGUUUUCCGCCUUUUUAAGUUUGUCAAUGAUCUGCAUGCUCUUAUUAGUCCAGUUCCUCAAGGAACUCCGCUUCCACUUGUUUUGCUGGGCAAGUCCAAAAAUGCAUUAUUGUCCACAUUCUUGUUUCUUGAUCAAAUCGUCUGGCUCGGUAGGUCAGGCAUAUAUAAGAACAAAGAACGUGCAGACCUAAUUGGCAGGAUCUCUCUUUUUUGUUGGAUGGGCUCUUCAAUCUGUACUACCUUGGUUGAGCUCGGGGAGCUUGGAAGGCUUUCUGCAUCAAUGAAGAAGCUGGAGAAGGAUCUUAAGGAUUCUGACAAGUAUAAGAAUGAGCUGUACUGUAGUAAACUUCAAAAGUCAAAUGACAGGUCUCUAGCCCUGAUUAAAGCAGCCAUGGAUAUAGUGGUUGCUGUUGGGUUGCUUCAACUAGCACCCAAGAAAGUCAAUCCCCGCGUAACAGGAGCCUUUGGAUUUGUUACCUCUCUCAUCUCUUGUUAUCAGGUUCCCACAAAUUCUUACUGCCAUGAUGUAUUCAUAUUCCCCCUCCAGUAUCUACAAUAUCAUGGGUUAAAAAACAUCUAGUUACUAAAAGAAAGAUGGGAUUUAAGGAGUCAUGCCAUUUAGAAAUGAUAAUCUUUCCUCAUCAAUUUAAAUUGCUCAAGAUACAUAAACCAAAAUGAAAAGAAAUGUUAGCAUUCUACCUUAUAUUCACCUUACUUUGUGAAACAUUAUUGUUGUAUAUUUAUAACUAAGAUCAGACUUUAGAGUAUGCAUAUUUGGGGCAGGGGAAGCCAGGGGAGGGGUCAGAUGAUUCGUCUUCAUGGUUACCCACGGUUCAAAAUGACAGUUAUUCUAUGAAGGAAAUUCUUUAUUUCUGUGUUCAUGGUUGGGAGUGGGGAGAGGUUAUGCAUUUUGCUUUCAUGACAAUUUACUGUUCAGAAUCGCACUAUUUUUCAGUUAGACCUUUUGUUUUUGUAUGCAUAAUUUGUGUGAAAGUGGGAUCAUGAUUUUCUUUUGUUUUUGUAUGCUUAAUCGGGUUUGGAGAACCUGGGGAAUGGUGAUAGGUUAGCAGUUUUGCCCAUGACUAGUCAUGCUUCAAAGUCACCUGCUUUUUUUUUUUU